UUGAAGUCGCGAGGCAAAGACGGUCAACUGUACAACUUCCUGAAUGCUGACAAUACGAACGUCCUUCAUAUGAGAUAUAUUUGAUCGUCAUUACUUACUAGCUAGUAGUUGUGUAAUAAAAUCGUGUGUGCGAGACUGGUGUUUUGGUUUACGUAUCCUCUAGUUUUGGUAGGAACGUGCGCUGGGUAAAGAGAAUGUUGAGGCCACGGUCACGAUCGCCCCACUAUUCUCACAGAGUUAGUCCGCGCAGGCAGGAUGGUCGGCGGUUCCCCUGGGACGACCCAGACUUCAACCCCCAGCAGGUGCUGGCUGACCUGGGCAGGCUGCCUGGGGAGGAUCAGUGGGUUCGCUUCAUGGACGAGAUCCACCCAGAUGGCCCAGAGGGCCACAGAAGACCUGUUUCCCCAGGCCUCCACAGGCUUGACCACCACCUCCCCCCAGAGGAAUUCCACCAUCGCAGAAUCCCAUCGGCACCUCACGAGCUGGGCUACACCGAGCGCAGAAGGCUCUCCCCCCAUGAUGGCAGAGGGGGUGGCAGGGGAAAAGGAAGCGGGAGCGAAGGGCUGCCCCACUCCCCUCAGAGGCUACCCAGAGAGAAGCUGCCAUCACUGGCCCCGCAGCACCCUCACUACAGUCCUGACCACCACCAGAUAGUGUCCUCUACAGGCUGGAGAAGAGAAGAGCAGGACCAGAGCCAGGGAAGGUCCAGGGACCGCAGCCCCAGGGAGAGGGUUCAGGGUGGGGGGAAGGGGGAGAGGAGGGGUGGAGAUUUUCCAGGUCCCUAUGGAGACCGAAGCAGAGAUGACAUGCAUAGAGAGAAGAGCACCAUCUCUGACCGGAACCGGAGGGAAGCUGAUGAAGCGGUGCAUCCUGGGUACGGGAAGGAGACAGAGUUUAGGGUGCGCCGCCCCUCGUUGGAGAGGCCCCGGGAAGGGUACGGAGGAGGAGGGCCACGGGGGCGCAGGGGCCCCUCAGGGAGCCACGAUGGCCGGGGGCCUGGAACCCUCAUCGUGGAGCAUGACCAUGGUAUUAUAAACAGCAGAGGGCCGGAACUCUACGACAACCAGAGGGGCCGUGGCCCCGACCAGAGCCCAAGCCACGACCGAUUCAGUCACCGUCACCACCGGGCCAGAGCCACUGAGGAGCGGUUCAGGAAGUCGGGUAGCAGGUCCAAUACCAGAGAAGAGGCCAGGGGUCGGCUUGACCAUGAGGAGAGGAGAGGGCCUGUCCAUGAGGAGAGGAGAGGGCCUGUCCAUGAGGAGAGGAGAGGGCCUGUCCAUGAGGAGAGGAGAGGCCCUGUCCAUGAGGAGAGGAGAGGCCCUGUCCAUGAGGAGAGGAGAGGCCUUGUCCAUGAGGAGAGGAGAGGGCCUGUCCAUGAGGAGAGGAGAGGCCCUGUCCAUGAGGAGAGGAGAGGCCCUAUCCAUGAGGAGAGGAGAGGGCCUGUCCAUGAGGAGAGGAGAGGCCCUGUCCAUGAGGAGAGGAGAGGGCCUGUCCAUGAGGAGAAGAGAGGCCCUGUCCAUGAGGAGAAGAGAGGCCCUGUCCAUGAGGAGAGGAGAGGCCCUGUCCAUGAGGAGAGGAGAGGCCCUGUCCAUGAGGAGAGGAGAGGCCCUGUCCAUGAGGAGAGGAGAGGCCCUGUCCAUGAGGAGAGGAGAGGCCCUGUCCAUGAGGAGAAGAGAGGGCCUGUCCACGAGGAGAGGAGAGGCCCUGUCCACGAGGAGAGGAGAGGCCCUGUCCACGAGGAGAGGAGAGGCCCUGUCCACGAGGAGAGGAGAGGCCCUGUCCACGAGGAGAGGAGGGGCCCUGUCCACGAGGCGAGGAGAGGGCCUGUCCACGAGGAGAGGAGGGGCCCUGUCCACGAGGCGAGGAGAGGGCCUGUCCACGAGGAGAGGAGAGGGCCUGUCCACGAGGAGAGGAGAAGCCCUGUCCACGAGGAGAGGAGAGGGCCUAUACAUGAGGCGAGGAGAGGGCCUAUACAUGAGUCCAGAAGAAGCACUGAUCGUCAUGGGAGAGCCAGCCCCAUGGGCUUCCAAGAUAGAGGUAGUCCCACAGAGCCCAGGGCCAGAAACAGUGCAUUCCGAGGGGAGAGGGGGGCCCCAGCCCAGGGUGGCAAGAGACAGAUGGGGCCCUCCAUGAACCAGCCCCGGCCUCUAAUUCAGGGAAUGCAGGGGUACCGACCCCGGGAUGCCAUCCCCCAGCACUCCCCUCCGGAGCACCAGGUGUACCAACCCAGGGGAGGCGUCUGGGUCAUGGAGCCCAGAGAGGAGGUGCCCGGUUGGGCAGAGGUGAGCAACAAGGAGCCCCGCUGCGAGAAGGACCGGGGACCAGGGCCGCGAGGAGGCCGUCCGCCAGCACAGGGCAGGAUGGAUCCUAGGAAACCUCAGCAUAGUGAUCUCAACCCCAACUGGAACCAACAGCAGAACGAUAUGGGAAUGCCUCGCAUGGGCGCCGGCGAGAAGGAGACGCUCACCAUAAAGGUGGACAUGAACCGGCCUGUGGGCCAGAACAGCCAGCUGUGCUACUCCUCAGACCGCCAGUUGUCGCUGGAUCUGGUCAACGUGGGCCGCCAGCGCCUAGACUUCCUGCCCAUGCUAGAGCAUUCUGGGACGUACCAGGAGUCUGCAAUGCACUCUGGGACUUUUGCCCAGGAGAUCAUCACCCUGGUGCACCAAGUCAAAGAGCAUUACUUUAGGGGUGAUGGUGUGACACUGAACGAGCGUUUCUCUGGCCCCCAAGAUGGAGGUCUGCCUGAGGAGGAGGAGCAGGAGGAAGAAGGACCAACUCUGAACAGGCUGUUCAACAUGAGUAUGUCAGAACCUGAUAUGGAACCUGUCUUCUCUAAAGUUGGCCGCAUGCAGAGGCAGCAGCAGGCAGUGAGAGAUCCCAGAGACCUGAGACAUGACCUGGAGAGGAGGAGACAGGAGAGGCUGGAGGGAGUGAAGGUCACCAUACCUGGAGGCAGGCUCUCACAGCACCCCCUGGCUGCCGGGAGUGACCAUCAGGGCGGGUAUGGUAGAGAGGAAGACGAGGAACAGGAGGGCUUUUCAGGUUGGUCAGGCCCACCACAGAGAGGGAGGAGGUGGCCUGGAGACAUGGGGGGUCAGAGGAGAGGUGGCAUGAUUAGACAAGACAUGGGAGACCAGCAAAGGAACAACUGGCCUCCGAAUAGCCCUUGCAACCUGCCUGGAUCAACGAGACAACAGAACCACAAUAUUAACGGUGCCAACUGGUGAAUGGAAGCUUGGAGCAAUCCAAAUGGAGUCAGUGGUUAACUGUUGAUAGGCUGUAUAUAUUAUAGAUCACACUGCUGCAGACUGACCACAGCCUGAAUCACGACCACCCGACAUUCUGUACCACGCUGUCAACGCUGCCCAUGCAAUAUAGCUGCUCUCCUGACAGAGAGAGUAAUGUGGUGGGGAAGUAAGAUGGCCAACUGAUAUUUAAAGAUGCACUAUGCAUAAAUCGUUCCACCAUUUCCUGGUUGCAAAAUGUUUGCCUAAUUUCAGUUUGUUACAAAACGAGCAAGUAUAGUGUAGAGCAGGGGUAGGUAACCGUGCUCCUGGAGUCCCGCUGGGACUGCAGGGUUUUGUUCUGUCUAGGCACCACACCUGACCAACUGACAGGGCCGGCGGCAGAACUUUGAUAUCCAUAGGCGGGGCAUGUUUUUUCCCGGGACCACCUUAUGUGUGCAUCCUCUUGCAUGUUCAAAUUGUAAUAGUAAAGACCAUAGGCAGCUGGUGAGUUUCAAGUUUGUGGAUGUUUCCAAUUUACCCUAGCAUUUCUACCGUUCUUAGUGCCAGUUAUGAUAAUUGUUUUAUAUGCACAUUUUUGUGCAACAGUUUAAUUUCAAUAUUUUAUUUUCUCAAUCAUUGUCACGUGGUUAAUCAUAAAAAUCUGAAAUAAAAUGAUAAAAAUGUCAAAGUUCAAAUUGAACUGAGGUGAGACCAGCAGCCUCUGCCAUAUGAACACAUUGAUACACUGUGAUCCAUUGGCGGCUAAAGAAAUGAGCUCAUAGAACUCCGAGCCUAUAGGCCAAUGCAGCAGUAGGCCUGUAACUUCCAUCUCAACUAAGUAAAGCUGACAAAUAAAAACAGUAGAAAAUAACCUGAUAAAUUCUGCUUCUUUCAAUCUCAAUCAUCUCUCUUCUCCACCUGUCUGCCUCCCUUUCUAUCUGUCUUGACUUGAGCUAUUGUUAGUGAACUGCAACAUUGUAUCAACUAGCCUAUUCUGGGCCCUCAGAGUUUCCCACCCAGUGAGCUCUAGACAGACCGCUGUUUUUUAAAAUAACAUUUCCACUGGCUAUAUGGGGUCAUCAGAUCAUGAUAUUUUGCUCUUUCACACCGAGGCUUGGUGAUUAUUGAGGCGGGGAGUGUUGGAAAGAUAGUUCCUCCUAAGUAUUAGAACAAUCAUUCGCAAUGGAUGUUAAAAAACAGACUUUGUUGGCUUGUGCAGAGGCAAAGAAAAAAAUGAGUGAGAAACUCUGUUUAUUGGUGGUGGGCGUGGUGAGUUAAGACAAUCGGUAAUCCAACAUUGCCAAAUGAGCACGUUCCUACAUAUGCAUGUAUUCUGGAGAGAUCCAUAUCUUCACCACACAACCCCCCCCCCAUAGGCCCACACACUUGUGAUUUGAAAACAUCCACAGCUAUUCAAAAGAAAAAACAAUAAGCUAAUGAUCGUCUGUGGAUAAGUCAUGUCCCUGGUGAAGUAUUUUUAAUGUUUUUAUUCUGACAGGAAUAAUUUUUUAAUUAUUUUUAGGAUGCAGUCUAGCAUCCUAGCUGUGUGAUGUGCACUCCCCUACUUUAUUUUCCAAUUCGCAAGAAGCUGAAACCAGAGUAUGUAAUGACGAGAUGCUAAUUUCUCUGCCCUAACAAUGGGAGUUUUUGUCCCAAAGGCGUGAAGGCAGGCGAUAAGCUUAGGUCUGCAUAUUAUUCCCAUAGAAACGCGUUGGUCUUGUACUGGACAUAUUCUGGCAAGAGUGAGCCCUCUUGCUUUGCCUCGCCUUUUCCUCUACUGAAACUAUAUCACCGGAGAAAGCAUCUGAUCGAUGAGUCGGUCAAAUAUUCAAUAUUUCAUUUGGACGCCGGCCCUGCCAACUGAGCUAAUUGAUCAGUUCAAAAAUUGCCUAAAUUCAAUACACCAGAUGUUCUAGUUUGGUUAAAUCAAAACAUGAAGAGCAUGCAGUGAAAUAACUUUUACAUUACCAAAAAUAUUGUAUUUUCAGUAGUUUGAAGCGUGUGUUUAAAGCCGAAAGUAAAAGACGCAAAAAUGAAACGUAAGAACGGGGAGCAUAGAAAUAGUGCACAUAGAACAUACAGUUUAAGUCGGAAGUUUGCAUACACCUUAGACAAAUACAUUUAAUAUCAGUUUUUCACAAUUCCUGACAUUUAAUCCGAAUAAAAAUUACCUGUCUUAGGUCAGUUAGAUCACCACUUUAUUUUAAGAAUGUGAAGUCAGAAUAAUAGUAGAGUGAUUUAUUUCAGCUUUUAUUUCUUUCAUCACAUUCCCAGUGGGUCAGAAGUUUACAUACACUCAAUUAGUAUUUGGUAGCAUUGCCUUUAAGUUGUUUAACUUGGGUCAAACGUUUUGGGAAGCCUUCCACAAGCUUCCCACAAUAAGUUGGGUGAAUUUUGUCCCAUUCCUCCUGACAGAGCUGGUGUAACUGAGUCAAGUUUCUAGGCCUCCUUGCCCGCACACGAUUUUUUAGUUCUGCCCACAAAUCUUCUAUAGGAUUGAGGUCAGGGCGUUGUGAUGGCCACUCCAAUACCUUGACUUUGUUGUCCAUAAGCCAUUUUGCCACAACUUUGGAAGUAUGCUUUGGGUCAUUGUCCAUUUGGAAGACCCAUUUGCGACCAAGCUUCAACUUCCUAACUGAUGUCUUGAGAUGUUGCUUCAUUAUAUCCACAUAAUUCUCCUUUCUCAUGAUGCCAUCCAUCUAUUUUAUGAAGUGCACCAGUCCCUCCUGCAGCAAAGCACCCCCACAACAUGAUGCUGCCACCCCUGUACUUCACAUUUGGGAUGGUUUUCUUUGACUCGCAAGCCUCCCCCUUUUUCCUCCAAACAUAACAAACAUAAUGAUGGUCAUUAUGGCCAAACAGUUCUGUUUUUGUUUCACCAGAGGACAUUUUCUCCCAAAAGUACGAUCUUUCUCCCCCAUGUGCAGUUGCGAACCGUAGUCUGGCUUUUUUAUGUCGGUUUUGGAGCAGUGGCUUCUUCCUUGCUGAGCGGCCGAUAUAGGACUCGUUUCACUGUGGAUAUAGAUACUUUUGUACCUGUUUCCUCCAGCAUCUUCACAAGGUCCUUUCCUGUUGUUCUGGGAUUGAUUUGCACUUUAAGCACAAAAGUACGUUCAUCUCUAGGACACAGAACGCGUCUCCUUCCUGAGCGGUAUGGCGGCUGCGUGGUCCCAUGGUGUUUAUACUUACGUACUAUUGUUUGUACAGAUGAACAUGGUACCUUCAGGCGUUUGGAAAUUCUUCCAAGGAUGAAUCAGACUUGUGGAGAUCUACAAUUUUUUCCUGAGGUCUUGGCUGAUUUCUUUUGUUUUCCCAUGAUGUCAAGCAAAGAGGCAUUGACUUUGAUGGUAGGCCUUGAAAUACAGGUACACCUCCAAUUGACUCAAAUGAUGUCAAUUAGCCGAUCAGAAGCUUCUAAAGCCAAGACAUAAUUUUCAGGAAUAUUCCAAGCUGUUUAAAGGCACAGUCAACUUAGUGUAUGUAAACUUCUGACCCACUGGAAUUGUGAAACAGUGAAUUAUAAGUGAAAUAAUCUGUAAACAAUUGUUGGAAAAAUGACUUGUGUCAUGCACAAAGUAGAUGUCCUAACCGACUUGCCAAAACUAUAGUUUAUUAACAAGAAAUUUGUGGAGUGGUUGAAAAACGAGUUUUAAUGUUUCCAACCUAAGUGUAUGUUAACUUCUUACUUCAACUGUAUAUAUCGCUUCUUAGACUUGCUUUCAAUGAGAAUGACAGAUCUAUUAACACAUUUCUAUGUGAAUUUGGUCCGUUGCUCAAAACGUUACAUAUUGCAGCUUUAAUUUAGGGGAAGUGACUUCAUAAUGCGAGCGUCCUGUUCGUGAGGAGCCACCUAAUUCCUUUAUCUGCGAUCGUAUUUGUUUAUGUUGAUGGUUUGUUUGACCAGUGUACCAUAGUUGAUGUUGUUGACCUGUCUCUACUGUACCCUGUGUUGCCAGACCAUGUUAUUCUUUCUGAUCUGUCUCGGUUUGAUACGAGGAAAGGCCCUACUAAUCUAUUGAUGUCAUUACUGUAAAUAUCAAAUAAAAGAGAUUACUUCUCAUA